AUGAGCGUAAAAAGCAGUUCCGAGGAACCUUCUUGGGAUUUGGAGCCAGUCUGGCGCCCCUGGACGCCAGAGGCUGCCAUCCCAAUGAACAGGUAUCGUCGCCACGUCAACCAAAAAUUCAAUCUUGAUUUGAUAAAUUCCCGGCAACUUCAGAAGUGGUCUACCUCUUCCCCUCAGGAGUUUUGGAUUGACCUCUGGUCCUACCUUGAGAUCGUGCCGGAAUUACCCAAGGAAUUAACGAGAGCAUAUGACCCUGCCAUCCCUAUAGAUGAAAUACCUCCAUUCUUUGAGGGUGCUCAUGUCAACUACGCUGAGAAUGUGCUCAAUCAGCCUCAUGUCUCGCCGAAUUCAAUAGCACUGGUUGGAAUCCGCGAGGGCCAGAGUUUGGAGGGAGAGCAAUGGACUUGGUCCGAAUUGCGAGAACGGGUUCGAGAAACUCGUAGUGCUCUGAUCAGAAGUGGCGUUCAAGAGGGUGAUCGCGUUGCUGCAAUCAUUUCAACAUCUAUAUGGUCCGUCACAAUCUUUCUAGCUGCCGCAAGUUUGGGGGCAAUAUUCACAUCCAUCGCCUCUGACUUUGGAGUCGAAGGAUGCGCAUCUCGGCUGGAACUUGUAGGACCAUCUAUAAUCUUCGCGGAUAGCCACGUCACAUACAAAGGCAGCCAGCGAGAAAAUCUAGAUAAAACAUCUUCCAUUCUGUCCCGGCUGAGCCAUAAGCCACUCGCUGUCCUUAUUGAGCUUCAACGGACACCAAAACGUUCAUUUUUAACUCUAUCGGAAUUUCUUUCGAGGUCCGAUAAGAGGGACAAGCUCGAGUUCAAGCGCCUACCGUUCUCCUCCCCGCUAUAUAUAUUAUAUUCCAGCGGAACAUCAGGUCCUCCGAAAUGCCUGGUUCACCAUCAUGGACUUAUCCUACAACACCAGAAGGUAGGCAAGUUGCACAACUCACUCAAGGCCGGGGAUAUUGUCUUUCAAUACUCCAGCCCAUCAUGGGUAUUGUGGAAUGUAAUGGUCGGCCACUUGUCUGUGGGAACAACUUUAGUCCUCUAUGAUGGCUCCCCAACCUUCCCAUCUCCAGAGAAAAUGUUGGAAAUCGUACAGAGACAUAAGGUGAAUUAUUGGGGUGUAUCUCCACGCUAUCUCCAACAGUUGGAGAUUGACGGAGUGAUGCUGAAAGACAAAUAUAACCUCGAAUCCCUUCGAAUGGUUCAGACCACGGGAGCGCAUUUAUCGGCUAGCCAAUACUAUUGGUUCUACAAAGUGUUCCCAUCCAAGAUCCACCUCACGAACGUCGCAGGCGGCACUGACAUUGCAACUUCGUGGGUUGCCUCUGACCCAACUGGUCCUGUGUAUCCUGGCGAAACGCAAAUGCCGGCACUUGGCCAUGAUGUGGACGUAGCCGACCCCAUCACCGGGCAAUCAACAAGGGACAUUGGUGGCGCUGGUGAGCUGAUUUGUCGACUACCCUUCCCUUCAAUGCCAGUCUUCAUGUGGGGAGACAAGGAUAACAAGACGUACAAGGAGAGCUAUUUCCAGAAGUUCGAUUUCCCAUGCUGGGCUCAGCACGAUUGGAUCAGUUUCAACCCUGUGACAGGUGGCUCAACCAUUCACGGCCGAAGUGACGGAAUACUCAACCCUCAAGGCAUACGAUUCGGAUCAUCUGAGAUAUACGCCAUCACUGAAGCUUCUCCAUUCAACAAAGCUAUUGAGACUACGCUAUGUGUUGGCAGAACACGCAAAGGGCUAGACACUGACGAAUCGGUAUUUCUCUUUGUCAUAAUGCGCGAGGGCCACCACUUCGAUGCCACUCUAGAAAAGAACAUCUGCGACGCUAUCCGCUCUGGCUUAAGCGCACGACAUGUCCCCCGCUUCGUGCUGCCAGUGAACGAGAUACCGAUUACGGUGAAUGGGAAGAAGGCGGAAACUCUGGUCAAGCAAGUCAUUUGCAGUGGAGAAAUACCGAAGAGAAUCAGCUCGACCGUGGUAAACAGUGGCUGCUUAGAAAGUUUCCGGCAGUACUACCAUUUGGAGCUGCAGCAACCAGGCACUAGAUCCAAGCUAUAG